AUGAGGCAAUCCAACGCCCCGAGCUCUCAUUGGCUGCACCGCCUCCUGCCUGCGCUGCCAUUGGCUGAGGCCUUUCCGGGACGCUGCAGCCCCGGGCUGGGGGUGGCCAUCAAGAAAAUGAGUCUCAGAGGGCAGAACAGGGAACGAGCUGUGAAUGAGAUCCUGCUCCUGAAGGACAAGAAGAACCCCAUCAAUGUCAACUCUUUGGACAGCUUCCUUGUUGAUGGAGAUCUCUGGCUGGUGAUGGAAUACAUGGAUGGAGGAACUUUGCGGGACGUUGUCAGACAGACAUGCGUGGCUGAAGGAGAGAUGGCAGCUGUCAGUCAGGAGUUUGGCCUCUGCGCUCAGCUCAGCCCUGAGCAGGACCAGUGCAGCUCCAUGGUGGGCACUGCUCACUGGAUGGCCCCAGAAGUUGUGACCAGAUCUCCUUAUGGCCCCAAGGUGGACAUCUGGGCCUUUGGCACUGUGACCAUCGGGAUGGUGGAAGGAGAACCUCCUUACUUCAGGGAAAUGGCGGCCAUGGCUCGCGCUCUGAUCCGGCAGAACGGGACCCCGCAGCUGCAGGAGCCCCGGCGCCUGUCGGCUCUGCUGCGGGACUGCCUUGAGUGCAGCCUGGAGCUGGACGAGGAGCGGCGCUGGGAUGCCCAGGAG